AUGGCAAAAGUUGGACUUUUUUUUGGCAGCGAUGGUGGUAACACUAAAGAUAUAGCGGAGAAAAUAGCAGAGUCGUUAGGCGAUGUUGAUCUUUUUGAUGUUUCUGAUGCUUCUGUUGAUGAAUUUGGUAAUUAUAGCUCUAUAAUACUUGGUACCUCUACUUGGGGUGAUGGUGAUUUACAAAGUGAUUGGGAAGAUUUUAUUGAUGAGCUCGAUGAGGUUGAUCUAAACGGUAAAACAGUAGCGGUUUUUGGUCUUGGAGAUCAAGAGGGUUAUGCAGACACAUUUUGUAAUGCUAUGAGGGCAGUUCAUGACAAAGCAGUUGAGAGAGGUGCUAAAAUAGUUGGCUCUUGGGCAAAUGAGGGUUAUGAGUUUGAAGAGAGUGAGUCUGUUGUUGAUGGUAAGUUUGUAGGACUUGCAUUGGAUGAAGAUAAUCAAGAUGAUUUAACAGAUGAGAGAAUUGAGGCUUGGACUUCUCAAAUAAAGG